AUGUCUACCGCCACUAAGAAGACGAGCGCCGGUGCCGCGAAGAAGGGUGCCAAGGGUACGACCAAGAAGUUCAUCAUCAACGCUUCGCAGCCCACCCAGGACCGUAUCUUCGACCCUUCGGCCUUCGCAACCUUCCUCCAGCAGCGCAUCAAGGUCGACGGCCGCACCGGUAACCUCGGCGAGACCAUCACCGUCACCAACCUCGGCGAUGGCAAGAUCGAGGUCGUGGCCCACCAGGACUUCAGCGGUCGUUACCUCAAGUACUUGACCAAGAAAUUCCUCAAGAAGCAGCAGCUCCGCGACUGGCUGCGCGUCGUCAGCACGGCCAAGGGCGAGUACAGCCUCAAGUUCUUCAACGUUGUUGGUGACGAGGCCGAGGACGAUGACGAGUAA